CGCUCGUAUUAUAUCGCUGCAGUAUCGCGACAAAGGCCACGCCGGUGCGCUACGCGAGCGUUUAUAUAUAUAUUAUGUCAUAUCCGCGUACAGGUGUUGCGUUGCCGUUUGUCCCCUACCAGUCAAAAUAAUAAUUCAAAAAAUGAUUACUUGAUUCAUCAUAGUAAAUAACUUGACGGUAAUAACGAGCGCGCGUUAAAGGUCGGCGCAACUAUUUGAGAAACUGGAAAGUUCGUUUUAGAGGACGAAGACUCUUGAACGACAAGUAAAAAAUAAUCAUGUUAGCGGGAUUGCCAAAAAAAAUCACAAGGUCGGUGUCGAACAUUUCGGCGAUGCGCGGCAAGAAUGAAUCGACGAUGAUGACGUCGCACGCCCUGUCGGAAGUGGCGAGCGCCGAAAUGUCGUGUUACGGCGUGUUCCGCAAACUGGAACCAGUCGUCGGCGGCGACGGCGGCGGCGGGGGAGAGCGCAUCACGGCUGCAGGCCGGCCGCCGCAGUCACGACUGCCCGUGCCGCCGCCGCCGCCGAUAUCGUCAGUCAGACCAGUCAGUCCGCGAGUGUCAGCGUUCGCGUGCGCUACUGCCGUAGCCGACGACGAACACGAAGACGAUAACCGUCACGGCCACGACUGUUGCAAUUUCGACCGCGAGACGUAUUUGGCGUGCGGUAGUGACGCGGCCACGGCGGUAACUACGACGUCGACCACGGUCACGACGGACGCGGCUUCAACGGGCGGCCGGGACGAAAGCGGGCUGAGCGAUUUCGGUGGCGCGGCCGCUUGGGACGAGUACGACUGCUGCUGUACCGCGACCGACGCGGUGGGGACCACGGCGGAUUUCCGCGGGGGCGCGGCCGCCCCGUUCAGUCACACCCCAAUGGGUUCGACCACUAAGCUCGUGGGGAUCGACGCCAACAGCGAUGACACGCCAAAGAUAUAUUGCUGCAAAUCAAAUUGUCUGCAGAGUUUUGGCACGCUGUUGAUGACCGUCUCACUGACAUUAAGUCUAGCGAACGUCAUACGAUUGCCCCGGAUGGUGUUUCUGUAUGGUGGCGGUACGUUUUUGGUAUCAUAUCUCGCAGUUGCCAUUGUGUUCGGUGUUCCUCUUUUAUUUUUGGAGAUAACGCUCGGUCAGUUUUGUCAACAGGGCACCACUAAACUAUGGAGGGCCGUACCUCUGCUCAAAGGUGUCGGGUUUGUCAAAGUCUUAGCGUCCAUGUUACUUGCAGCAUAUUACCCAAUAAUCAUGGCGUUAUCAUUAUUUUACGGCUCACGUAGUAUAAUAGGAAAUAUUCCGUUUCCGGAGUGUAGUAAUUCAAUCAGCUUUUAUCAAGGGGAGAGUUCUAACUCUAUCAGCAGUGACCAAUGUCUUCAGCAGACUUUUAUAAAGCCUCCGCACUUGGGUUGGCAGUGGAUUGUGAUGGACAUUUUGCUAAUUUUACUUAUUUGGAUCAUAGCCGCUAUAAGUCUAAUAAAAAACAGUAAAUCAUACAGAACAGUGGCAUUACUUGUCGUACCUGCAACGUUUGUAACAAUAGGAGUUUUAUUGGUCAAAGGAUUUAAAGCCAAUCAACAAGGACUGGAAAUACUGCUGGAUAUUCAAUGGGAGACUUUGUGGAAAUUAGACAUUUGGUAUCACGCCAUAGUACAAUUUUUGUUUACUACUCAUCUGGGAUUUGGUAAUAUCACAACUUGUGCUGGUCGACUGUACUCAAAGUCUAAUCCUUUUUGGACUUCAGUAAUGCUUACGGUGGUUAGCAUUGUAGUCGGCGUGUGUAGUGUCUCAAUUGUUACAAUGUGGAUAUAUGAUGUGCAAUUACAAGCUGGAGAGAAAAUGUCGACUACGUCAGCCAUAUCGGAAGUCUGGUUCUUGACAUUUGUGUAUGAAUUGACGAUCAAAGGCAUUCUAUCUAAUAUGUGGGCUGCUUUGGUCUAUACGCUGGUUUUUCUUUCCGGAUUCUUAAGUUUGAUAGCAGCUAUUUACACCGCUAUUGUAGGACUAUCCGUGGAAACCAAAGAAAAAUGGAAAUGGUGGAUAUUGACUUGUAUGAUAUGUUUUAUCGGUUUCUUGGUGGGUGUCCUGUGCCUUUUGCCCGAAAACCUUCAAGCCGUGCACUUAUUGGAUGAGUAUAUCAUUGGUCGCAUGAUAGUCACAUCCACGGUACUGGAACUGAUUGCUUUCGUCUGGAUUUACGGGUUAGAGUCGCUUUCCAACGACUUUGAGUUUGUACUCGGAUAUAAACUGUGCUUCGUUUGGAAAUUUGUGUGGCUAGGCACUCCGAUUUUGUUUAUGGGGUUCGAGUUUUGGAGUCUGUUCGUGAUGCCGCUAACAGAGUCUGACUAUAGCUCACACGAUUCCAUGUGGCUAUACGUAAUCGGUUGGAUCGUUUAUCUGUUCAUGUGGUCGAUGAUUAUCGGUAUAGCUGUGUGGCAAAUAUCUGCUCAGGUGGACUACAACUUUUCGCAAAAAUUCCUGAGUACCAUCAAACCGGCGCGGAACUGGGGCCCGGUAGACCCAAUAUACCGACAUUGUUGGGUGCAGUGGAAAAAACAGUACCAAGUGACGGGCGAAAGGGACUUUACAUUGAGACGACGUGGCACUAAGGACUAUACGCAUUCCAUCAAGCGGGGCAAACACGCUGCACCUCCAGGCACGGCAUACAGUGUGAGCCCGACGUCGUUGGACCGCACGUCAUCAUUUUACAGCAUAGAUGGUGGUGGAGGUUCAUCUCAUCAGCGCUCUUCUGAUAAACAUUUACAAAAUCAACAGAAACAACAACCACAAAACCUCCAACAGUACCACUACAACCACGCAAUGGCCGACCAAAGGCGGUGGAUCGCCACGGAACCAAAAAAUAACAGCGGGACUUCUAUCAAUUACAUGUGAUCCGAAAUGGUUAGUUUUUAACACGUGUGUUUUAGUUAUAUUAUUAUACGUAAGGAUAUUUUACUUUAUUUAUACGGAAAUGAUUAUUGAAGCGUCUGAUUUGUUUAAAUUUUUUUUCUCUACUUGCUUAUUGUGUUAUAUUUGUAAAUUUUACAUACAUUUUAUGAACUAUCAUUAUUUUAAAAAGAGUUAAGAGAGACAUUUAUAUGCUUUUUGUUUUUAUUUGUACUCUACGAAGGUGUCCUAUAACUAAUAUUGUUUGUUUCAAUUUUAUUUGCGAUACGAAUGUUAUAUUAUACCGACAUAAAAACCAUUGAAUUACAUUUAUCAAGUAACUAUCAAAGUCUCUCCUAACUUUAGAGUAAAGUAUAGGAUUAAUUUUAUGUUACCAUCAUUGAUAGACGUGUCGAUUUCUGUUGUAGUCUAACGACAGUGGUUUUUAUUUACACGUAUUUUUUUAAAGGACUGAUUUGUACACAUUUUUUUUUUAUGUUUAAGUUGUUCAAAGGCUUAACAUGCAAUAAUGUUGACCUUUAUUUUUUAUUAGUAACUAUAUUAUUAUUACUUCGAUGUAAA